AUGUUUGUUGGCCGUAUAGUGACCCUAUUCGGGUUACUUCUAUUAACAUGUAGUUUUGUAUCUUCUGCACCAACUAAGUGCAAAUGCAGAAAAAUUAUAGUAACACCAUCUGAACAAUCAUGUUUGUUAGGACAUCUGAUACAGAUUUUAACGCAUUUAGUCAACAAUCAACAGAAUCCUGUCUGCGCAAAAGAUUUUAUUAAACAAUUACAAGAUAUUUGUGAAGAAGAAGAAGAAAUUUGUCCUUGUCCUUGUUGCUGCUGCAAGACUACUACACCGUGUGAUAUUACACCAUCCUGUGAACCGUGGACAACUUGCGAAUCAGAUUGUGAAACAACUGAAUCAGAUUGUGAAACAACGGAGUCUGAUUGUAGUACAACAGAAUCAGAUUGUGAAACAACUGAGUCUGAUUGUAGUACAACUGAGUCUGAUUGUAGCACAACGGAGUCAGAUUGUGAAACCACUGAAUCAGAUUGUGAUACAACAACAUCCAGUUGUCAAUCUACAACCCACGAGUGUGACACAACUCCCAUCUGCUGCACCUCAACAACUGAACCACCUUGCGAACACACUACUCCAUGUUGCAGCACAACUGAGCCAACAACACCUUGUUGCACGACAACAACUGAACCACCUUGCGACCACACUACACCAUGUUGCAGCACAACUGAACCAACAACACCUUGUUGCACGACAACAACUGAACCACCUUGCGACCACACUACACCAUGUUGCAGCACAACUGAACCAACAACACCUUGUUGCACGACAACAACUGAACCACCUUGCGACCACACUACACCAUGUUGCAGCACAACUGAACCAACAACACCUUGUUGCACGACAACAACUGAACCACCUUGCGACCACACUACACCAUGUUGCAGCACAACUGAACCAACAACACCUUGUUGCACGACAACAACUGAACCACCUUGCGACCACACUACACCAUGUUGCAGCACAACUGAACCAACAACACCUUGUUGCACGACAACAACUGAACCACCUUGCGACCACACUACACCAUGUUGCAGCACAACUGAACCAACAACACCUUGUUGCACGACAACAACUGAACCACCUUGCGACCACACUACACCAUGUUGCAGCACAACUGAACCAACAACACCUUGUUGCACGACAACAACUGAACCACCUUGCGACCACACUACCCAAUGUUGCAGCACAACUGAACCAACAACACCUUGUUGCACAACCACAACUGAACCACCUUGCGACCACACUACCCAAUGUUGCAGCACAACUGAACCAACAACACCUUGUUGCACGACAACAACUGAACCACCUUGCGACCACACUACACCAUGUUGCAGCACAACUGAACCAACAACACCUUGUUGCACGACAACAACUGAACCACCUUGCGACCACACUACACCAUGUUGCAGCACAACUGAACCAACAACACCUUGUUGCACGACAACAACUGAACCACCUUGCGACCACACUACACCAUGUUGCAGCACAACUGAACCAACAACACCUUGUUGCACGACAACAACUGAACCACCUUGCGACCACACUACACCAUGUUGCAGCACAACUGAACCAACAACACCUUGUUGCACGACAACAACUGAACCACCUUGCGACCACACUACACCAUGUUGCAGCACAACUGAACCAACAACACCUUGUUGCACGACAACAACUGAACCACCUUGCGACCACACUACCCCAUGUUGCAGCACAACUGAACCAACAACACCUUGUUGCACGACAACGACUGAACCACCUUGCGACCACACUACACCAUGUUGCAGCACAACUGAACCAACAACACCUUGUUGCACGACAACAACUGAACCACCUUGCGACCACACUACACCAUGUUGCAGUACAACUGAACCAACAACACCUUGUUGCACGACAACAACUGAACCACCUUGCGACCACACUACACCAUGUUGCAGCACAACUGAACCAACAACACCUUGUUGCACGACAACAACUGAACCACCUUGCGACCACACUACACCAUGUUGCAGCACAACUGAACCAACAACACCUUGUUGCACGACAACAACUGAACCACCUUGCGACCACACUACACCAUGUUGCAGCACAACUGAACCAACAACACCUUGUUGCACGACAACAACUGAACCACCUUGCGACCACACUACCCCAUGUUGCAGCACAACUGAACCACCUUGUGAACCAACAACACCUUGUUGCACGACAACAACUGAACCCUCUUGCGACCACACUACUUUAUGUUGCCCUACCACCACCGAACCAUGUUGCGAAACAACACCUCCAUGUUGCAGCCCAUCUGAACCACCUUGUGACACAACAGAGCCCCCCUGCCCUUGCUGCGAAACUACAGCAAAAUGUGACGUGCCAACUGUACCUUGUUGUGGACUCACCCUUGAUCCAUGCUGUGAGCACCGGCGUUCUGGUUUAUAUUUCAUCCCGGUACUUAAAGUUGGUGGAGUUCCAGCCUUGGAUCACAAGGAGUUAAAGGAUUAUAUCCUGAACUUAUUUAGCAAAUUUGAUUUUGGUCAUCAUAAAUAG